AUGAUAGGUAACCAAGACAACUGGUGGCAGCAGUGGACCGAUACCAAUAUUAAACCUUUGACUGUCCUGAGGGCCCCUGAUGAGCCCUACGCCCGGCCGGAGGAGCAAGUCCUCAUCAACCGCCAGGACAUCAUGAGCACCAAGGAUGCCUGGGACAUCCAGGAGUUCAUCACUCGAAUGUAUAUCCAGCAGCUGCUUCGACACCCCGCCUUCCAGCUGCUGCUGGCCUUCCUGCUGGUGGUCAACGCCAUCACCAUUGCUCUGCGCACCAACUCCUUCCUUGGCCAGAAACACUAUGAGUUGUUCUCUACCAUAGAUGACAUUGUGCUGACCAUCCUCAUCUGUGAGGUUCUCCUUGGCUGGUUAAAUGGCUUCUGGAUUUUCUGGAAGGACGGCUGGAACAUCCUCAACUUCCUUAUCAUCUUUAUCUUGCUCCUGGGGUUGUUCAUUAGUGAACUCAAUGUCAACGCUAUCACCUAUACCCUCAGGGCACUUCGUCUGGUGCAUGUGUGCAUGGCGGUGGAGCCUCUGGCCCGGAUCAUCCGUGUCAUCCUGCAGUCGGUGCCUGACAUGGCCAACAUCAUGACCCUCAUCCUUUUCUUCAUGCUGGUGUUUUCCGUGUUUGGGGUCACUCUCUUUGGUGCGUUUCUGCCCAUGCAUUUCCAGAACAUGCAGGUUGCCCUGUAUACCCUCUUCAUCUGCAUCACCCAAGAUGGCUGGGUGGAUAUCUACAAUAACUUCCAGAUGGAGACAAGAGAGUAUGCAAUGGAGAUUGGGGGCGCCAUCUACUUUGCCACCUUCAUCACCAUCGGUGCCUUCAUUGGCAUCAACCUGUUUGUCGUUGUGGUCACCACCAAUCUGGAGCAAAUGAUGAAGGCAGGAGAGCAGGGACAACUGCAUCAGAUAAACUUCAGUGAGGGAGGCAAGCAGGAGCUGGAUGGAAAUAACGAGCUGCCUGUGGUGCACUGUGUGGUUGCCCGUCUGGAAAUGUCUGGCGUCCCGCAGGAGCCACUGUCGGGGAGCCACCUGUCUAACCUCUCAGAAAACACCUAUGACAACUUUUGCUUGGUGCUCGAGGCAAUACAGGAGAACUUGAUGCAGUACAAGGAGAUCCGAGAUGAGCUCAACACGAUAGUGGAGGAGGUCCGCUCCAUCCGCUUCAACCAGGAGCAGGAGGAGGAGCUGUUGCACAAGCACUUGUCACUGAACCUGUCGGUGGUGAGCGGCUCCUCCCUGGACAUCCGUGACAUGACCUGCCAGCAAGACUUGAUCACGGCACUCAUCAACAGGGAGAAGGUUCAGGAAUCCAACACAAACAUACUCCUUAACAAACACAAGAGCAGCCGCUGA